CCGAAACCGGAGCCUUGUCUGACUAGUUAAAUGUUUUUGCACCAAAGCUCAACCUCAGCGAAUUCUGUUCCUGAAUUGUGUGCAGUUUGUGGAGACAAAGCCAGUCACAGCCGUUAUGGAGCCCUUGUGUGUUCGGGUUGUCAUGUUUUCUUCAGAAGAAUGAUUUGUAGUGGGAAGUAGUUUUCAAGGAUUUGAAGUAGAGGAUCUUUCAGAUAGAAAUGCUUGCCGCGAGUGUCGACUGUUGCGAUGUCUCCAAGUAGGAAUGGAUCGUUUUACCGAACGAUAUUGUGAUUUAUGCAGUACCUA